CUAGAGGGCCGUUUCCCCAUAGCAGGAAACAGAACUGUCUGAGCGUAAUGACAACUACACGUUCAUUUCUUGCCAAACUUUCUAGUUUACAAACAUGUGCUCACCCCAUACUCUGAGAGCUUUAAUAACUACUGGUGGGCUUCCAAUGUGCAUGUUGCUUCUUCACCUCUACAUUAGCUAUGUUGUUGCAGAGGACAUCAGAGUAGUUGGACGAGUAGGAAACUCCGUAUUCCUUCACCCUAAAAUGAACUUACACUCCAAGACUUCUGACGUAAGAUGGAAACAUGAUAAUACAGAUAUGUUAAUAGCUAGGAAUGGUACGCUUUUUAAUUUAACGGAUAGGUGUGAGAUCUUUCUAAAUGGUUCCCUAAAGUUUAAUGAAGGACUGAAAAGAGACAGUGGAAAUUAUACUGUUSAACAAUACAGUGAAAAUGGAUCUCUUCUAUCCGAGUGGCACAUUGAGCUCAGUAUUCUAGAACCUGUCUCCAAACCAAAGGUGAGAACCUCCUGUACUUUUGAUGGGAGAGUUGUUCUGACCUGCUCUGUUGACAAAGGAGACAGAGUUGUGAUGAACUGGACCGAGCAGCCAUAUGCCUGGACAGGGUACAACCAGACCCUGAGCUCAAGUCCUGUUCUAUUCCUGGACAACCAUACUCCUGGAAACCUGACCUGUGUGGCAAUGAACGAAAUAAGUGAAGAAGGCUUCAGCCCAGUUGUCCCGACAUGCAGAGGUCACACUUCAGCUGUGGCUGCAUUUGGUCUCUUUGCAUUUGCACUGACGACACUGGCCGUCGCCAUUCUGAAUUUGAAGAGGCGGUGUCAGAAAAAUAAAAAAGAUGUGGAGGAGAACCACUACAUUGAGAUGCGUGGGAAUUUAUGCAACAAAUGGCCACAGAAGGAGACCGCAAUCCACCCGGACCAAGACACCUCCCAUUAUGAAUUCUGCAGACCUGUUGCACCUGCUUCCAGCCAGAAAAAGAGAAGACUUUCACUGGAGUUGAAUGAUAUCUAUGUAUGAAGAACAAUGUGUUAAUGGCAUUACAUUUCAAUAGCAUCGAUUUGUUUUUCAAUGUGAAGUAUGCAACUACGCACCAUAAUUACUGAUCAUGUUUUACAAUUCAUUAUGGGGUAUUUCUGCGAUAGAUGUAUUUUUGUUGUAUAGUCGUAGAGCCUAGAGAAGCGGCAUUAUUUCACCUGUAUUUUGAUAUUGUAUCAUACCCGUAGUCGCAUGACUUCAUUAUCAGACUGGACCACUAGGUGGAAGCAUUGCAGUAUGAUAAAGAAACAGGGUGACUAGAGGUGAGAAGRAACAUCACAGGAUUACUGUCAUUACAUAAAUAGUUGUUUCAAAGCAUAUGGACACAG